CUUCCUCUUGGUGUUGGCUGUGGGCCUGUGGUCCAUGUGGAAGACCAAGAGGAGCACAGUGGAUGGUUACUUCCUGGCAGGAAAGAGCAUGUCCUGGUGGCCGGUGGGCACCUCUCUGUUUGCCAGUAAUGUUGGCAGCGGGCACUUCAUCGGUCUGGCAGGGUCAGGGGCAGCGGCUGGUAUCGGUGCUGUGGCGUACGAGUGGAAUGGCAUGCUGAUGGUGCUGCUUCUGGGCUGGCUCUUUCUGCCUAUCUAUAUUGCCUCAGGGGUCACAACCAUGCCAGAAUUUUUGCAGAGGCGUUUUGGGGGGAAAAGAAUACAAUUAUUUAUAGCAAUUUUGUAUUUAUUUAUUUACAUCUUCACAAAAAUAUCGGUGGACAUGUAUGCUGGAGCAGUGUUUAUCCAGCAAGCCCUCCAGUGGAACAUCUACGUUGCUGUGAUAGUACUGCUCCUCAUCACUGCUGUCUACACUGUAGCAGGUGGACUGGCUGCAGUCAUCUACACAGAUGCUGCCCAGACUGGCAUCAUGUUGAUAGGAGCUCUCAGUCUCAUGGGCUUUAGUUUCGUGGAGGUGGGGGGCUGGAACGGCCUCCUGGAGGGGUAUGCCAGUGCCAUCCCCUCAGUACGCGUCCCCAACACCACUUGCGGCCUCCCCCGUGAUGACGCCUUCCACCUGUUCCGAGAUCCAGUGACCUCUGACCUGCCUUGGCCGGGCAUCAUCAUAGGCAUGUCCAUCCCCUCCAUGUGGUACUGGUGCUCUGACCAGGUAAUAGUGCAGCGGUCUUUGGCUGCUAAAAACCUGCUCCAUGCUAAAGGAGGCUCCCUAUUGGCUGCCUACCUCAAGAUCCUGCCCUUCUUUAUGAUGCUACUUCCUGGCAUGAUCAGCAGAAUACUCUACCCAGACGAGGUGGCUUGUGGGGACCCAGAUGUGUGUAAAAAGGUGUGUGGGAACAGUGUGGGCUGUUCAGACAUUGCCUACGCCAAACUGGUAAUGGAGCUACUGCCUUCGGGUCUGCGUGGUCUGAUGAUGGCGGUGAUGAUAGCGGCCCUCAUGUCCUCCCUCACCUCCAUCUUCAACAGCUCCAGCACCAUCUUUACCUUGGACCUGUGGAGGCAUCUCCGACCGAGGGCCUCCGAGUGGGAGCUCAUGAUCGUGGGCAGGUGCACACGCCACCACGUGCACGGAACAGCCUUGACAUACAGUAUUUUACACACAUGUUCACAGGGUAAAUACAUCUGUGUGUGUGUGUACGUGCUUCUAUUUGUGUGUAGGAGUUUUGUGCUGGUGCUGGUGGUGAUCUCAGUGGUGUGGAUACCUGUGGUCCAGGCCAGCCAGGGAGGUCAACUGUUCAUCUACAUCCAGUCCAUCAGUACGUACCUCCAGCCCCCAGUCUCCAUAGUUUUCCUGGCUGGCUGUUUCUGGAGGAGGACCAACGAAAAGGGGGCAUUCUGGGGCCUUGUCCUGGGUCUGCUAGUGGGCUGUGUAAGGAUGGUUCUGGACUUCGUCUAUCCUGUACCCCUGUGCUUCGAAGAGGACACCAGACCUGUGGUGGUGAAGGACGUCCACUACCUCUACUUCUCCACCAUGCUGUCUCUGUUCUGCAUGCUGGUGGUGGUGUCUGUCAGCCUGGCCACAGAGAAGCCCAGCCCGGAGCAGAUCAGUCGCCUUACCUGGUUCAGCAGGUUUGACCCUGUGGAUGAGCCCAAGGUGGACCUAGAGGUGAGGAGCACCGAAGAGAUGAGCAGGGUUCCAGAGGAGAUGGAUAUGGACAGAGAGGAGAGCAUCGUGGUGGAGCAGGAGCAGAAGGAACAAGUGCACAACGAAAGGAAAGACUCUGCAGCCAGUGGGGGGAGCCAGUCCAGGUUGACGAAGGCGCUCUAUUGGCUGUGUGGGAUGGAGCGUCAGAGGGAGGUCACCCCGCACGCCCCGCCUCCACAUAGGGACACUGUGUCUUCUCUAGAGGAGAAGCCCUGCCUUCGCAACAUGGUCAACUCCAAUCUUCUCAUCUGUCUCUCUGUGAUAGUCUUCAUAAUCAGCUACUGGGCUUAACGAGAUACUC